AUGUUCCUCAAUGGCCCCAUUACAACUUUGCCACCCUACGUAGAUCCCAUUUUGACCGCAGUAGCUCACUCCCUUCAGUGCGGCCUCGAGGCGUACGCAAGUAGGCCCACGGGCAUCGCAAUUGAACUCGAGAGCCGUCUUGGUCAGCUUAUCGCGGCACCGCGCCUUAAUGCCCCGGGUUUGCCCAUCAUUUCUUCCAGCACCGCCGUGCUUCAUCCUAAGAACCAGCAUCUCUUUCAGUUUAGAUCAGGACUACCCCCAGGAUGCUUCUUUGAUAUGGAAGCUGCAUUGCAAAAAGUUCAUCUGAUCUCAACCCAAGGCCGGCAGUGGGCCGCGACCUCCCCCGUUACAAUGAAGACAAGCACAAUGAUGUUAUGCACGCCGCAGGGGUAUCGGUUGAGCUAUGCGUUCCCCUCGUACUCUGAGAUAAAGAACAGUACUUCACUUCGGGUAGGACGGUUGCAGUCCGUCACGCUCAAAACCACCAUCCAUACCACUGAUGUGUAUUGCCCAGAAUGGGGAUGGGACUUCCGCCUGGCCGUAGCGAACGAACGCGACAUCGCGUGGCGAACCGGCACCCCCUCCGCUCCUGAUACGGGCAUUUCAGGAGCGACGCACUUGGAGAGUGAUAGGGAAGGUGUCGAUGAUGCGGUGCUGGAUCUUUCGACCGUCGUCCCACAUUACGUUCGGCUUCAGAAACGUCACCGCUUUCCGAUUCGUCCUUUUUUCUGCGUCGAGAUUUCCAAGGAGCGCUCACUGAACAACCCAACCAAUUUCUUUCGAGACAGUGGCUCUAAGUUUGAAUCCGUUGUGAUCCCUUACAAUCCUGCCGCUCGGUCCGAGGCCCGUGUGGAAGUGGAGAUUGAUCUGCCGGCCCUCUACAAGGCCUGGCGGGGCUUUGGCCGGCGCAGGCUGCACGGCUCACACUGGGGCGCGGCGGCGGCGGUUGACAGCAGGGACGAAACCACCAAGGCAAAACGAACGGCGACUGAGGUUCACCCCCACGGAGUCGCCGACCCCUUCCUCCGGCACGUUGCACUUGAAUGGUUGGCGCUACUUCAGUUCAUGUGCAGCGUACGUUCGACUAAAUAG